AUGGCGCAGAACAUCCCCAAACCCCCUUACGACCCGGAGCUUAUCCCGCUCCUCAAGUCAUUCCCGCCCUUGGUCGCGUCCCGCGACAUCAUCCCAGCCCUCCGCAAAGCCCAGGCCGACGCAGCCACCCUCGAGGCCACCAUCGCCGGCCUGCCCUUCACCCACGAGGAGCGCAGCGUCCCUGGCCCCAAUGGCCCCGUCACCCUCUCCAUCUUCUACCCCAAGGACUCCAGCAAGGCGCCCCGCCCCGCCAUCUACAAUCUGCACAUGGGCGGCAUGAUCUGCGGCACCCGCUUCUCCGGCCUCAGGGAGCCCCUCAGCUGGGCGCAGGCGGUCGGCGGCCUGUGCAUCUCUGCCGAGUACAGGCAAGCCCCAGAGCACCCCUUCCCCGCGGCGCUAGAGGACUCCUACGCCGGCCUGGCCUGGAUCGGCUCCCACCUGCAGGAGCUGAACAUCGACCCGGACCGCCUCAUGGUCUCUGGGCAGUCCGCUGGAGGCAGCCUCGCUGCAGCCAUGGCCCUGCUGGCCCGCGACCGCAGGGGGCCCAAGCUGUGCGCCCAGCUGCUCGACUCGGGCAUGUUCGACGACCGGACCGAGUCCGUCUCCUGUCAGCAGUACAUGGAUGAGGGUCUGUGGACGGGCGCCGUGAACAAGAUGGCCUGGGACGCGUUCCUGGGACCCAACGCCGGCCACGAGCGGGUCAGCCCGUACGCGGCCGUCGUCAGGGCGACCGAUCUGUCCAACCUGCCGCCGGCGUACGUCACUGUGGGCGCGGCUGAGAUUUUCCGAGACGAGAACAUGGCCUAUGCGCAUAAGCUGUGCGCGGCCGGCGUGCCAACAGAGCUGCAUGUCUGGCCGGGAGGGUACCACUGCUUCGACAUGAUGGUUCCCGAUGCUACUGUUUCCAAGGCUUCGCUUGCCGCCAAGUUAUCGUGGGCGAAGAAGGCCCUCGGGUCGCCAAAAGUAACCCCCAAGCUGUAG